AUGAUGGCUCCUGACGGAAAGUGGGAGACGGCCCUAGCCAAGCUGGGCUUGAAGGCAAAGCGCAAGGUAUCUGACCCCAUUCCUCAGGGCGAUGUCUUUAGCGUACAUGCAUCUCAACUCUGUGUCAAGAACCACCACUCUCGCAAUUUGCAUGUGGACCCCCAUCACAGAUCCCCCACUGCUUCACACCCCGACAACCAUCGCACACCCACCAGCUCGAGUUCCCUUUCGGGGUCCCGGAUGCCCAUGACUCCCUUGACCCCCAAAAGCUUUGAGUCCAUUUCUGCUGCCAGUAUGGACCCCGUUGAAAUGGCUACAAACCUUGCCCAGGCUCGUGUUGCUGCCUUCUUGUCAGAUGACGACGAUCGCGUUGCCACUCACAAGAUACUGUCCAAGCAGUGCCUAAACGCUCACCUCCAAGCCAGCAUGACAAUGAUGGACGACGUCGUUGCUCAAGUCACACCUGAAAACAUCGUUGAAUCUAAGCUGCGCCUUCAAGAUAUCAAGGAUGGUUUCUUCAAAUAUGCUGACUCGAUCGGACACGAAGCCGACCUCCUGGAGCAGUGUGUUGCCAAUGGCACCAAGCCACUGAACGAAGACCUACCUAUCACGUACCCAGCCAAGAUUUUCGACCGCCCAAAGAAGCGUCCCAGCGGUAUGUUCAUGGACGAGCAGGCCGAAUUGCUGCCCCCUCCAUCGCAAGGCGAUGAUGACACUCCCAGGCCCACUCUUCCUCAGCGAUACAGCGGAAAAUACCGCUCAGAUCAACAAAGCGACGAUCCCUACGCGGGAAUGGAGCCCAAGGUCAUGAAGAAACAGAUCAGUGGUUACUUCAAGAAUGAUACCAAUGCCCUGCCGUUCAAGACAAGUGACAUCUCCAUUCGAACCAUCAGCUCCACCUGCACUAAGGAGUCAAAGGUCCUGAAGCAGCAACAGAGUGGAUAUUUCGAGAAGAAGUCAGUUGCCUUGCAGCAGCAGACAGCCGAUCACUCCCUUCCAAGAAGCCCAUCCAACCCGGAUAUCAAGUCAGAGACCUUGAAGUCACAACCCUCACGGAAGGAGAUCAGCCGCUUUUCCGGCUCAAGCACGUAUUCUUUUAAGGAGUCUGAUGAUCUGGAGAAACAGCUGAGCGACUCGGAUAUGCAGGACAACGAUUCAAAGAAGCCUCCAGUUGGCCCAAGUAACUACGCUGCUAUUGGCUUGAAGAAAGACCCAUGUGAGGACUUCGACCCGGACUUCAUCAAAGCUCUAAAUUUCUCUGCUUUUAUUCCAGCCAACAGAGCACUGCCAUUGCAUGGUCCAUCUCUUGACCAAACUGCUGACAAUUUCGCACCUUCGCUUCAGGGUUCCGGCGCUCGUGUUGUGAUGCGCAUUUUCAUCAAGCUUUACGCCAUGGCAAAGCUCAUGCAGACAAUACUCCUGGGAUACGGUGUUGAGGUAGACGAUUCACCAUAUGGGUUGAUGUUCUGGAUCAUACGCAGCGAGGAGAACAUGAAAUGUAACGAUAUUGCUGUGUUGAUUGACAUUGUUGAAAGCCUCUAUUAUGUUCUCUAUGCUCGAGUCGUUAUCGAACUUGCCAACAUCGAGCUUUGCUCUCUCGCCGAAGACGAAAACGCACAGAGACGAGCCCAUAGCCUAGCUUUCCUUCUGCCAUCGGCUGAACAUCUUUACCGCAUCGUAUUUGCGUUCAAGAUCGUGAUGGACUCCCGGGAAAUCUGCGCAAUGCUCCAGAAAGAGAUUAUCGAGAAAUACCAGAGACGGUACAUUAAAUCUGCGACUGAAAUCGUCAACAAGAAAGGAGAGGCCCUCUUUGAUCGGUUUGGCUAUCGACGUUACGUGUUGAGCAUUCUGUUGAACAAAGAAGGGAAAUAUUAUCAGAAGUGGAGCUCCCUUAUCCCAUGCUUUGAUACCAUUGCUCCAGGCGUUAUCGUGCUACUGUCCGACAAGUAUCGAACUGUGGACCAAGUCAUUGUGCUCCCUGACGAUAUCCCCUACGAUGAGCUGCCUUUCGUUGAACGAAACCAGCUGGGACCGAUCAGCUGGACCGAUGAAAAACUCAAGGACGACCGUGAUGCAUCUUUGGCAAAAUUGAACCACAUUUGUAUCGGAGAACAACGCCGCCGCCGCUCCUCUUUCGAAUCUUACUGGUUGACCAAGGAGCACAAAUGCAUCUGCCUAUCCACCUGUCGCUGUUGCGAUGAAUGUACUGCCAAUACCGCUCGUCACUGCCCUUGUGCUGAGAGACACGUGCGAUUGAUGACAUCCACUCGUCUUCCUAACCACAACAAAGCUGGUUUUGUUGCUCGUGUCAACACUGUUGCCCGCAUGAGCUUUUACGGCUUAAGUUUCCUGAAGCGCGAUGUUCCAGAUCAGGCGAUCAUGGAGCAGCUGGAAGCUGGAUUUGACAUGUUCGAAGUUCUCAUCUCCAAGGAGCGUUGCGAGCCGGUCCGACCGACCUUACGAACUACAUCCCGCGUCUAA